ACUGUAGUCGACUCCCACUCGCCGGGCAGCACAGACAGGGCAUUAUGUGGACGAGUACCAGCUGGUACCACGGGCUCCUCAUCCUCCUCGGGACUUCAUUUGCUGGUGCCUCUGAAAUCAGGACAUGGAACUGAAAUUGAAGAGCAAACCUGUGAACAGUCUCCUUGGAUGCAUCGUCGCCAUCUGCUUUUGUACAGUUUGUGCGGCUCAAAGACUUUGCACGGUGCCUCCUGGUCCCGUGUCGGUCUCAGAAAACAACACGGCUGAUGUCCAGCUGGUACAAGUCCGCUCCAGCAGUGAUGUGACACUGACGGUCACAGUGAACCCUGAAGAUCUGUUCUACCUGAGGGGAAAUGCCCUGAUGGUGAAGAAAGGCCUGGACUACGAGUCAUUGUCCAGUGCAACUCUGGUGGUGUGGGUGCAGUGCCGCAGAGCUGGCUCCAGAUCUGUGAACGAGUCUGUUGAGGUCCUGGUUGAAAAUGUAAAUGAUAACCCCCCAAACUUUGCACAAAACCACUACGUACUAGAAGUGAAUGAGCUCACUGCGAUCAACUCCAGCGUUGGACUGAUAGAAGCUACAGACGUUGACUCAGAGCCGCUGUUCUAUCGCCUGGAGUCAGCAACAGAUAAAUACUUCCGCUUGGAGAACAUCAACACGCCAAAGAUUCUUGUGAAAAGCCUCUUAGACUACGAUGUCGUACAGAAGAUCUCUCUGAUUUUACAUGUGCAGGACACAUUCAAUGGUUCGGCCUCCAACGAGCCGUUCUUCACCUCUGUGGCCACAAUCACGGUUCAAGUGAGGGACGUUGAUAACCGGCCGCCGUGGUUUCAGCCAUGUCUGAGGACAAACUUGGGGAUCGCCAAACUGUGUGUGAGCAGCGGCUACAGAGGGAGAGUGAACCUGACGGAGAAAGAGGAAGGGCCGCUAGUGCUGGAGCCCGGCCCCGUGUUCGCCAAGGACGGAGACAAGAACCGGAGCGAGCAGAUCAGCUACAGGAUCCUUCGAGGGAAUGAAGGAAACAUUUUCCAGAUUGAUGAAGACACAGGAAACAUCACCAUGGCUAAAGCAGCUGAUAUUGUCGGCCCGAUAACUCUCACUGUUCUGGCAUCUCAGGUGACCAACAGGGAUCAGUUUGCGGUGACACAGGUGACCAUCGAGGUGAUGAAGAAGAGCAGGAACCCUCCUCGCUUUGAGAAGGAGCGAUACGAAGGAUUUAUCUACAGCAACUCUGUCCCUGAGAGCAUGAUCCUCCGAGACCGAAGCUCCAACCGGCCCUUCAGGGUCCGAGCCCGGGACGAGGACUUCGCCACUGGUGUGAAUCCAGAUGUGAAAUACGAGGUUCAGUACAGCAGCUACGUCAACGUGACCUCAGACGGUUUUAUGAUCCUGAAGAGAGUUGUGAAGACGGAGUCAUUCGCACUUCAGCUCAGAGCGGUGGAUACGACAACGGGGGAGUUUGGCACAGCAGCGCUCUCUGUUCAGGUCAUACCUGCUGUGGCCACCCCAUCCCCCUCAAACAUCGGCUACCGUCCGGGCGACAUGGCUCUCCUGGGUCUGAUCAUGGCGGCUGUGCUGGUCCUCUGCCUCAUUGUGAUUGGCUUUCUGAUUUCCCGCUUGUGGAAGGGAAACAACAGUAUGGACAAAAUAUGUGAGUGCCUAGGGCCCUGUCUGAAGUCUGACCAGCCUCGGACCGGCCACAGGGACUCCCUGCAGUACACCAACGACGGCUUCCAGAAUGAGGGCGACCACAGCCGCGGGGGUUCCAGGCGCUGGAACAACGCUCUCCCCAGACGGAGCACCUUCCCCCAGGCGCGGAGCCGCGUCAUUCCCCUCGAAAGACGGAGCCGCCACUGCUCCUCCUGUGGCGUCUACACCAACCACGUCCCCAAAGGGAGCCCCUCUGCGAGAACAGCCAGGAGGAGCAGAGGAGACGGGGAUGAGUACAGCAUGAGGUCGAUCCUGACCAAGCAGAGGAGGAGGGAAGGUCAGAAGACGGUGUGGUUCAAAGAGAGCGAGGACUCCUCGGACAUCGAGGUGGAGAUUAUCCCAGACACUGUGGGCCGGGUGGAGGAGGAGACUGAGGAGGAGCUGGAGGUGGAGAUGGAGGGGGUUGUCAGAGACCCGGCUGCCCCGCUGAGAGAGUCUGACAGCGGACAGGAUAGCCAGAGCACAGGGUCCAGCGAGGAGCAGGACCGUGGAAACACCAGCUCAGAAAAAGAGAAAGGAGCCCAGGAGCAGGAGGGCUGACGUCAGAGGUCAGAUGUCGAACUCAAGUCAGAGAAAACUGAGCAGAACACUGUUUGUUUUCUUGUCACUUUUUGGAGACUGUGGCCCACAGCAGAGGUCUCAGGAUCUCAGGAUCACUGGCAAACCUCAAGAACGGAUUCAAGCAUCCAAAAAGUUUUUAUUUUCUACUGUGAGUACCUCAGAAUAAUGUCUGAGGUCAUAACUUUACACAAUGUUUAAAAAUAUUUACUUGUCUCUAGUCUUGGCCAAAUAUAUAGUAUGAAAGUGCAUGGAGCGCAAAUUUCAAGUCUGACAUCACAACAUAUAAAGUUUAGUGUAAUGGCCUGGUAGUGUGUGUUUGGGAAUCUCUGAUUUGCGUAAUCUGGCACGACCGCUGGGUGAAUUAAAUCAGACUUCUCUGUAGUGAUGUCACUAUGUUCUCAAAUCUCAGCCAUGAGUUUGGUGAGUACAGUGUUAUCACAGCUGAAAGGAAGGGCACUCAAAUCCUCUAAAAUAAGACCCAGUUGUAAUCAAGUGUCUUGUGAGCAAUGUUGCAAAUCAAUAUUUUAGAUUACUUGCCACCAUUUUCCAAUAAGGCACAAUUUAUAAAGGGUUUACAUAGUACGUUGCAACUAAUAAUUAUCUUCAUUAUCAAUUAAUCGUGUGAUUGUUUACUGUAUAUAUAUUUGGUGUAGUGUGUGUUAUUGUAGUUACCACUGGCUGCAUAACACAAUUUCCUAUACAGGCUACUUUUUAGAGCAGUGAAGAAGAAUCUAUUUCUUGGAAAACUGCCAUCAGAUUGGUGCAUAGACUCACAUACUCGCCAAUACCUGAUCGAGUAUUUUAGGCAUCUCUGAUACUAGUAUCAGCACCAGAACAAUUCUGGUGAAGUCUGACAUCUUUGGAUUGAAAAAAAUGACCGAAACGAUUAAAUCCAUUAUUAAAGUGCCAGUGACAAUGACUAAUCGUUGCAGCUUUAGUUGUAACUAAUGGCCUUUUUAGUUAUUAAUAAAUGUUUUCAGAGCAGUUUUAAGUCAUGAUCAAAAACUUUUGAGUUGCUAGGCAACAAUUCUUUUCAUUUGAACCCCCUCCAUCAUGAGUUUAAAGGCCUUUGAGGCAGAUUUGUGAUUCUGAGUGGUAUAAAUAAAACUGACUCAACUUUCUUGCUGGUAAGUUAUUAAUAAAGGUCAAAGGUUUCAAUUAGUGACUCAUCUGGAAUUAUAUUUGUUAAGUUAUUAAUGAUGUGUUCGUAUAAGGUCUGCACUUAUAAAUGGUCAAAUGGUUCACUGGAGCGUUUUACCUGAAGAACACAUUAGUUUAAUUUAUUAAUCAUUAAUAAACCUGUUAUAAAGGGUGUCUUAUUAGAAACUGGUAACGAUCAGGUUAUUGCAACAUUGGAUUUACAGGAUUUUUGCAUUAUGUGACGAGGUUUAUAAAUAGUUUGUUUAAUUUCCAGGAAACUCACUUUAUCACAGGAAACAAACAUAAAAUGACACAUACUGCAACAGACUGUAUCCUGUUUUAUAACCUUCAGUCAGAUUAAGAAAAACCAAAGGGGCCAAAAGCUGAUGAGUGACUUUCCUGCAGUGAAGCUGGUCGCUGUAAAGCUGUCAUGGUUUCUGUCUCAUCCACUCUGCACACAUGUUCUGUACAAGCUUUACUAAACUGAACCAGUGGUGUCUGGAUUUCAUGGUGAAAAAUAUAUGUGAAGAGAAAAUGUAUCUACUGAAUACUAAACAGCUGAGAGGACUUUUUUAUGUGGUCUGUAUUUUAUUGAGCAUGUUCAGUAAAAUAACUUUUAUGGAUAAAUCUAUGGUUAAUGUAUAGCUGACUUUUUGUACAUUGAUGUAGAGUGUGAGGGAAUAAUAAAGUUUGAGUCUAGG